AUGCUUUAUCAACUCGUGACACUCGUGUCUGUCGUAGCACUGGAUUUGUUAGCUACAGUAUCGGCUGCCUCACUACAAGCGCUAAGCUUCCAGCAGCCAUAUGAUACUGUAGACUCUAAUGGUAACCGUCAGAUUUCGGAUACUAUUAUCUAUGGAGGUGUGACGGAAGUCAAGAAAAAUUUUAUUCGCCUCACAACCGAUCGUCAAAAUAAACGUGGCUACAUUUGGUCAAAGAAUUUGAUUGGUAAGAAGGAGCUAUCGACUGUGAUUACGUACCGUAUUCAUGGUCAGUCACAACGAUGGUUUGGUGAUGGUAUUGGUCUUUGGUUUACACAGGAACCUGUGUGGAAGAUUGGUGAUAACCACGGCUUUACGGACAAGUAUUAUGGGUUUGGUAUCAUUUUGGACACGUUUCAUAAUUUAGAACACCGUGGUGGACAUAAGGACGUGACAAUACAAGUGAAUGACGGUCAGAAGCAAUUGGAUGACCUUAAUGACGAAAACAAGAUUGGUUGUGACGCCGCCUUCCGCUACCACUCGAACAACGCGAACUUUGAUCCUGUCUAUAGCUCAUCACGUAUUCGUGUAAAGAUUAAUGGCAAGCAAUUUGAUGUGAACAUAGAUUCAAACAACAGUGGAGAGUGGAUGGAGUGUUACAAGGGCACUUUGCCAUUUGAGGAUGAUUGGCUCAGUCGCGCAACCUUUGGUAUCACGGCUUCAACUGGCGCUUUGGCUGAUAAUCACGACAUUCUGAGUAUACGGUCAUUCGACAAUGCCAACGACUCUGGCCUAGGCAUUGCGGAUGCCGAGACGUGGUCGCAUAACUACUCGAAGGACUUUGAGUCGCUCAUGGAGAGCUCUACGUGCGACCAAUUGUGCAAGGUGAUGAUUCUUGAGAAGUUUGUGACCAACUUUCAAGUGGAGACAGAGCACUGGUUUGAGAUGCUGCGCGAACAGACGGAGAAUACCGUUAAAAAGCUGCAGGAGAAGGAGCAGCAGAAUCAGCUCAAGAUUCAGGCACUGACGGACCGUAUGACGACCAUGAUGGAUCAAAAGAUCGGCCAGAAGAUGGCUGAUGUGCGCUCGAAGGUGAAUGAGAAGAUUGCUACAGAGGUCGAGAGCGAACUUACGGUGGCGAGCUCAAGCUGGCGUCUACCAUUUUUUGUUAUGCUCGUGGUGAUUGCAGGUGGUGUGGGUAUCGCCUAUCAGCAGUAUCGCAAGUUGUUAAAGAGCCAUCUGUACUAG